AUGACUCAAGAUCAAUGCUUUCGAUUCAAGAAACACCAUGAUCGCAACCUUCGAUUCACAAAAUCAUAUCGUAAAGUCACUCGUGAAGCAUUGCUCCGUCGUGAUUUCCGCAAUAUCAUCCAUUUCUGCCGUACCAAACCAGAACCCUGCCGGUACGAAAUUGGUAACUUGUCCAAAAUAAUUGUUUUGAACUUUUCUACAAAUCUACUACUAGAAGGUUCCAUCCCCAAAGAAAUGUGGACAUUGAGGAGUUUAAAAGGCCUUGAUUUUUCUGCAUGUCAGCUAAGUGGAGAAAUUCCGAAUUCCAUAACAAACUUGACUAACCUAUCCUAUCUAGAUUUCAUGGACAACAAAUUUUCUAACGGCUAUAUUCCUCGUGAGAUUGGAAAAUUGAACCACUUGGAGUAUCUAUCUUUUGCAGGUUGUAACCGUAUUGGUUCCAUUCCCCGAGAAAUUGGAAUGUUGACAAAACUCGGUGUUAUGGAUUUGUCGCAUAACACUCUAUCUGGUACCAUUCCAGAAACAAUUGGUAACUUGACCAAUUUAAAUAAACUUUACCUUUCUAAUAACACAUUGUUGUCGGGAACAAUCCCAGUCUCCAUGUGGAAUAUGUCUUACUUGUCCGAGCUCUAUUUUAGUACCAAUAAAUUUUCUGGAUCAAUCCCUUCUUCUGUACAAAACUUGGUCAAUUUGAAGGAACUUUCAUUUCAUUCCAACAACUUUUUUGGACCUAUUCCUUCCUCAAUCGGAAACCUGACAAAGCUAACGAGAUUAUACUUGUUCACUAAUAUUUUUUCUGGACCGAUCCCCGCUUCUAUUGGAAAUAUGAUCGAUAUGUUGUUCCUCAGUUUGGUAGAAAACGAUCUUUCUGGAACUAUUCCUGCUACAAUUGGAAAUUUGACAGGGUUAAUGGCCUUGGAAUUGGCCAACAAUAAAUUGCAUGGUAGCAUUCCACAAAGCCUAUAUAACUUUACCGACUUGGGUUCCUUUACAUUGGACGAGAAUGAUUUCAUUGGCCAUUUGCCACCUCAAGUUUGUUCUGGUGGAUUUCUACGAUACUUCGCUGCUUUUCGCAACCAUUUCACUGGUCCAGUACCAACAAGCUUGAAAAACUGCUCUAGUAUUGAAAGAAUUAGGCUUGAGGGUAAUCAAAUAGAAGGUGAUAUAGCGCAAGAUUUUGGCGUAUAUCCAAAUUUGAAAUACAUUGAUCUGAGUGACAAUAAAUUUUAUGGUCACAUUGCACCAAACUGGGGAAAGUGUCCUAAUCUUAAUACCUUCAUAAUAUCCAACAAUAAUAUCUCUGGUGGCAUACCGUUAACACUUCUUGAGGCAAACAAACUAGGAAAACUCCACCUUUCUUCAAAUCACUUAACAGGAAAGCUUCCAAAGGAACUUGGAUACCUGAAAUCAUUACUUGAAGUUAAGAUCAGCAACAAUCAUCUUUCAGGAAAUAUUCCAAGUGAAAUUGGAUUGCUAGAGAAUCUCGUAGAUUUCAAUGUAGGAGGAAACAUGUUGAGUGGCACAAUACCAAAAGAAGUUGUGAAGUUACCCUUGUUACAGAACUUGAAUUUGAGCACGAACAAAAUUGAAGGGAGAAUUCCCUCGGAGUUUGGCCUGUCACAGCCUCUUGAAUCUCUUGAUCUUAGCGGGAAUUUGUUGAGUGGAACAAUACCAACAGUUCUAGGAGAGUUGAAGCAACUGCAAAAGCUGAAUCUGUCAUGCAAUAAUCUUUCCGGCAACAUUCCAUCCAGUUUUGAAAAUUCCAUGUCAAGCUUGACUUAUGUCAACAUAUCAAACAACCACUUAGAAGGGAGGAUACCAAAUAAUCAAGCCUUUCUCAAGGCUCCAAUUGAGUCAUUAAAAAAUAACAAAGGCUUGUGUGGUAAUCACACUGGCUUAGAGCUUUGCCCAACCAGCCAGAGUCAAAAGAAACACAAGAUCAUCCUACUAAUAUUGUUUAUUAUCUUAGGUGCUCUGGUUCUGGUAUUUUGUGGGGUGGGAAUUUCGAUGUAUAUUCUUUAUCGGAGAGCAAGAAAGACAAAAACCAAAGGUAAAGAUUCUAAUGGCGCACAACCAGAUGAAGUCUUUUCCAUAUGGAGUCAUGAUGGAAAAAUGAUGUUUGAAAAUAUCAUUGAAGCUACGAAUAAUUUCGAUGACGAUUUUCUCAUUGGAGUGGGAGGAGAAGGAUCUGUCUACAAGGCGAAGUUGUCUGCGGAUAUGGUUUUUGCAGUAAAGAAACUUCACUCGCGAACCCUAGGUAGGAGGUAUCUCAAUUGGGCGGGUUAGGGUAUCCGCGGUUCAGAAUUUUGAACCCGACCCGCCCAUAUAAACCCAAUUGAAACUGCUAUAUUUUAAUCACUGGCCUGAUAGACCGUUUGA